AAAACUUCAAUUAAUGAUUCCUUCUAGUGAUCAUAAUCAACGACGGAAAAAGAGAGCAUAAUUGAAACAUUAAGCUGGACCUUUUAUUAUAUUUUUUACAGUACUAAUGCCAACAAAUUGUGUGAUUUUAGAAUAGUUUGUAUCAAUUAUGAAAAGAUUAGUAUUUCGAUUUGAAAAUGGAUCCUACAACUUAAUUAAUAAACGGAAUUUUAGUUUAUCUUUCAUAUUCCAUGGCUAUGUGGUCGUAUUACUAAUCGAUUACAAUAAAAAAUUAUACAAUAGACAAGACUAUCCCAAUAUAAGAUAAUAGAAGAAUUGACCCUUUAUAUAAAAAUACGAAUUCUUGUAAUGAAUGUAAUAAAUGGAAACCUAUACGAACUCAUCAUUGUUCACUAUGUGGAAAAUGCAUAUUAAAAAUGGAUCACCACUGCCCUUGGAUUCACAAUUGCGUGGGUUUACGAAAUCAUAGAUCUUUUUAUCUCUUUUCAAUGUACAUGACUGUAUUAAAUUUCAAAUAUACUUAGAUUGGUGCUAUAUAAUAUAGCUAUGCAUCUUGGGUUUAUUUUAGAUUUUUGUUUCGAAGCAGCGAAGGCUUCUUUGCACACCAAUCUACCUUCUUUUACAUAUAUUGGAGUUUAACAAGCUUAGUAUUAUAUCCAACAUGUGCUAUGUUAUGCUUCUUAUUCUUUUAUCAUACUUCAUUAAUCCUUAAUAAUUAGACGACUUUGGAAUAAAUGAGAAGUGGUUCAAAUGGGAACUGUUGUAUUAAAAGUGAUAGACCUCCAAGGAAUAUUAACUUAUUCGAUAGAGGUACUUUAUCUAACAUAGCAUGGUUUUUCAAUUACUCAUAUUUUUGGUUUCUUCCAUUUGAAAACAUUUAUAAAGAAGACGGUAAAAAAAUAUUCUAAAAUAAGGUACUAAAUAUCCAAUAUCUCCUCUUUGUAAUCUUUAGGAUAUCAAGAUCAGCAACCCUUCAAUCCCACUUGUAUAAAUUCCUGAACAAUAAUUUGACUUUGAUAAAAUUGAUUAAAAAUACGAAGAAUAUUUAGCUUUUGCUAAGUAAAAAUACAAAAAUAAAAGACUGGUCUUAAUUGGAAAAGAAAUAUAACUCAAUUGA